GCGGUACUUUUUCACCGGGACAAUUAAGCAAACACCUUCUUGUGUUGGGUCGGCUAUGCGGUGGAAGAUUCCCUCUUCCACUGCGACGUGGGUCACAGCAGGGGCGGAACCAGGGGGAGUGAGCCGGUGCUGGCGCCACCUCUUCGCCGGAGAUUUUUCUUUACUAGCAUUGGGUAUUUAGACUGCCACCCCUGUAGCUUCAUCUUCUUCCUUGAGAAUAGACCUGCGGCCGGUGCUCGAUUCAGCGAAGCGGAGAGAAAGAAACGCCCAGUCUGUUCUUUUUUACGGAGUAAUUAAAUCAGUCCGCCAAACGACGUCGUUUGGUUAAGUGCACAGUAAUAAAGGAAACGACGUCAUUUUGGACCCAAAUCUUAUCUACCCGUUUCACCUUCCCUUGCGAUGUUGCAUGUCGUUCCUUCGCUACAGACCACAUCCCAGUCCGGCAUCCAGCAUACAACAGACUCGUAGUCCCGCCUUGGCCCCUUCGUCCUCAAUCGCCGGCUCGCCGCAUCGUAUCUGGACUCUCCGUCGCUGUGUCUCAGAUUUGCCUCCGGCCGCCCUAUCUUGUUUCUCUGAGUCUCCGACAUCGAAGUCCAAACUCUGAAGUCUGAACUCCUCUUCUCCGAACUUCCGUAGAUUUCUGGAAAUCCGCUUCUGGUUGAUGGAUUUUACUAUGGUAGAGCCACUGGAAUGGCACCGCGUGCAAGGUUGGUUUUCUUACAUACAUAAAGUCAUUGCACACCAUUCACUUAUGAAAAUACAAACCACCAUAUAUUAAGUCUAGAAUUGUUUUUGUUUUUGAGUUUACAUUUUUCUAAAAGUAUGAUAAAUAAACCUUAAUUUCAUUAUUUAUUAAUAUGAGAAUUAUCUUCUCUUAUAAGGAUAGACAUUUUAGAAAUACGAUAAAAGCUUAGGAUGUUUUUACUUGGACUAUUUUCAGUCCUAGACCAGACCGAACCAGUCUUAAACAUAUCAGGCUAGACCAAACAAGACUUAAAUAGACCAAACCACACACUUAAAAAAUCAAAUUUCCAAGGCAAAACCAUACACUUAAAAAAUCACUCAUCUUUUGAUAACCUAAAAACUGUCAAUAUCUAGAGAGAAGAGAAAAAAUAUCAUGAAAUGUGAAAGCCCAAAGUUUUUUGACUUUAUAAUCCUAAAGUGCAGUAUGGUUUCCUCAUUUGAAAUGUAGCAUUACACUGAUAGUUUAUAAUUAAAGUUCUAUGAAAUAUGUAGAAUCAGCCUGUCAGGUAGUAUCAAGUGCUCUGUUAUGGACAUUUUUUCAAACACACACCAUCGAUCAAACCGAGCUAUAAGUGGUAUUAUUCAAUCAAUAAUAAGUUAUGAAGUAAACAAAAAUCUCUUUGUGGCCUUAAGGAUGCAUAUUUUCUUGUUUUAACGGAUAAAAGCAGACAAUGGUAACAGAGCACAAUCAAGCAACUGCACCCACUGUCAAAUUGAAAAUAAUAAUCCCAACUAUUGUCGGUCCGCUGAUAAUAAUCCCAACUAUUGAUUAUUUUUGUAUAAUCCCAACUAUAUGGACCGUCCGCCAAUAAUGGUCCAUGACCAGAUAUUACCUCCUAAAUAAAUGAAUUUUAAAUAGAAAUUAAGUGUAAAAAUUAAAAGUUGAGAUUAUUUAUAGGAAUUACUUGCUAUAUCUCUUCUCAUCCACUUCAGAAACUACAAGAAUUUAUUUAUAGGGACCAUUAUUGGCGGAAGGUCCCUAAAGUUGGGAUUAUUCCGAAAUAAUCGAUAGUUGGGAUUAUUAUAAGCGGACCACCAAUAGUUGGGAUUAUUACUAUCAAUUUUUCCUAAUUUCUAUUAAAGUCUUAUGAAAUUGUAAAGAAGCUAAUGCCGCUACAGAACUUAAGACUAAAUCCAUGCCCAUGUGCCUAGGGGCAAUAGUACUUUCAUCUAUAGAAAACCUACUGGUGAAUCAAUUAGCUACUAUGCUUGAGUAACCAAUGAAAUCGUAUUAAGCAAACAAGUGUGAAUAGAAACUACUGCACAUUAGUUUGCCAUAUCAUGUUUGAUUUGUGUCCCAUAAAAGAUACUAUCAAUAACUGCAUAUGACUGUACUAAAAGCAACAAAUAUAUGUGUUUGAGGAUUUAAUCAUUUAUAGAGUAGAAUACAUAUUGUUGUCAACAAAACUCACAAACCUAGCUUUUUACUCUCCAACCUUACCUAACACCUUCAUGCACAAUAUUGACAAGAGAGACUAUAUUAGAUUAAAAGAUUCCUUAUUUAUGACUAUUAGAUAUAACAAUAUUUUGCUAACCCUACUUAUGUGAGAAUUCAAAUAUCAUCUAUAUUAAGGUUUUAGUGAAACUGAUAAAUGGAAGUGAAACUAAAAUCUGCAUAUGUCAAUUGAAGUGAUAAAUAUCAGUAUCAAUUGAAGUAUCUAUAUUUACACACCCACACACCCAAUCAUAAAAAUAAAUGGAAGUGACCUCAUACGUCAAUUAAUGUGGACAAAUGAUAUAUAGUGAAACUAAAAUCUGAUAAAAAUAACAAGAUAAAACCUACUUCAUAACCACUUUUAUAGUUUUACGAGAGGAACUCAGAGGAUAUUGUGGAACCGACUUGUAUAAAAAGUUAAAAACAAGGUAGAAAUUUGAGGAUAGUAAAUGACUUACAACAAAAGGAGGGGCAGAAUUGAGAAAUUUAUAUCGACACUCCAUGGAUCAUGGCAAUGAAUUUAUGAUCGCAACACUUAGGGAACAAUUAUAGGGCUCCAUAAUUAUCACUACGGAGGGCCUUCAAAUAUCAGACAAAGAGUAGCAAGUAUGAUGAUAUUGAGUGAAAAUAAUAUUAGAAUGAAUCAAAUCAAAAAAAUUGACCUGUUGUAAAAAGCAAAAACACCGAUUCAGCGGAGAUUGGGAUGAGACAACUGGUUUUCUUAACACUGAAAAUGGACCAGUCAAAUAAAUUGACCUAUCGUAACACUGGUUUUCAGUCCCAAUACAUAAUAAUCUGGCCUAUGUAUCAAUAGAAUAUGUGGUUGAGCAAUCUUAAAAUUGCCUCCUCUCCUUGAUUCGCAUUCUUCUCGGUGACAAAUACCAAAAACAAGGAAAAUAAUGAUUAGGUCAUGGAUUUAUGAUCAUAAUGGAAUAUGCAUGAUAUAUUAUUCAUAAAAUAUACUCGUAUAAUUUCGAAUAUGAAAAACUCGAUCAAGACAGCCAUACAUCGACAUCCGUCGGCCACCGUGGUUAGCUAUUGAGCAUAUCUCCAGUCAAUGAAAGGCACGGGAACCCCAAGCCAGGAUACGGUUUUUGUGUACAUAUUCAUAAACAUCGAUCUUCCUACCAAAAUAUUCAAUGUUGUUUCUUGUUAGAUGUCCGAUUGAUAGGGUUGGAACUUGGAAGUCGAAAAGAUGACGGAAAGAAACACUAACGGAAGACAUAAAAAUUGAGCUUUAAUUAACGGGAGGCAUAAGGACCGGAUAAAGAAAACAUGAAUGGUACACCACCUUCAGCAGAAUUUACAAUUUAAUAAUGCUAUAGAGGUACACCAACAAAAUUUUCAUGCCCAAAAGGGUAUUAACCAUCAUUCAUCUUUAUUAGUUUGUAGAGAUGUGGUGUUUAUGCACUAUUAAAAUAGUACAUAUCAUACUCAUGUAACAACUAUGUCUAUCAACUUGUCUACUUUUCAUGCAACUGCUUCUUCUUCUAAUUUUAUGUGUUGCAUUCUAGUCUUGGACAUGUGUCAAACCUUGCCUAAGUUUUUAUAUGUACAUCUGGUCUCCUUUAAUUUGUGACUUACCCUUUGAUGAUAUAUCUUUUUAUAGUGUUGUAAAUUUGGAAAGUUUUCUAGUUUUCCUUUAAAUCUAAGUGUUUCCAUUUCAUCUACACCUUUCGAUUUAGUUCUUUCUAAUGUUUGAGGAUCAUCAACUCUAAUAAAGCCUCUUUUUUAUCUUGUGCAUACGUAUACCGAAUUUCAAACAUAUACGGAAUUUCAAACUUAUGUGAACACUCAACACUCAAUGUCUGUUUACCUUAUUAUAGGAUUCCUACUUCCCACAAUAUUUAAAUUUCUCCAUAUAUAUGCUAGGCUUUUUCAUCACAAUCCCAUGUGUACUCAUCUUAGGGUGUUUGGUUCUACUUUCUUUGUUUACUGCCCUCAUGUAGAACGUACUAUGUUUUCUUUUCAUGUUGAUAUUUGUGUAUUUCGAGAUUAUGAGAUUACAUAGAAAAAGCUAUUGUUGUUAUGACCUUUCUUCACGAAAAUUGUAUGUUUUUGAAAGGUGUUUCCUUUAUUGAGCCCAAUCUUUUCUUUUCUAUCCCACCAACCUCACAUGACAUGUCCAUAUAUGAUCUUCCUCAAAUUGAUCCUUUCACUACUAAUUGUGAUUAUGAUCUUGUGCAUACACCUAUUGUUAUGCUUGAUUUUUGUUGCAACUUUUCUAACAUAGAUACCAUCUCCCCUCUUACGUACGGUUGUGUUUGCUAAUCUAGGUCCACUUCGCUACCCUAAACGUACCUGUCGAUUCACUCAAGUUUUAGAUUUCUAUUGCUCUCUUUAUUCUCCAUCAUUUACCUCAUUGCUUGUCAAUAUUGAUUAUGUUUGUGAACUGUGAGCCCACUUACUACUCUGGGACAGCUUGCAAACCUCUUUAGCCAGAAGCUAUGAAUGAGGAACUAUCUGGUAUUGAACAAAACAGAUACCCUGAACUUAGUCUUGGCAAAGUUGAAUGAGAGGGAGUUAGUAUUAUUUAUUCCCCUACAUAAAUUUUUAAGAAACAAAGUUGUCAGUUGUAGUGUACCUAGCUAAUUCAUCCUCUAGAGCGCAUACCUCACUUUGGAAUAAUAUCUCGAGUCUUGAUGACUUAUUUCCGUUUUUGUUGUCUUCAUUCUUUUAUGUGCUAAAUAUCCCCACUUGGAAUCUAUUCAUAGAAUAUACGCAGGGCCGGCCCAGGACAAGGCUGCCCAGUCCAACCGCACAGGGCCCAGAAAUUUGGAAGGCCCAAAAAAAUUAGUAUUAGAACCCAGCCCAAAUUCAUGCACCCAACUUUAACCCAACUGCCAAAAUCCCCAAGGCCAAACUCCCGACUCCAUCUUCGAUCAUCCGCCCAACCAAACCGCAAACCGUGCCCCACUUCUCAGAAAUUAGAAGGACGGCGAUUGGAUUGGGACGCAAGACAACAGCACUUUUCCGCUGCUCUUGUCGCUGGAGUGAAGUCGUGAAGGCUGGAGCCUAGAAAGAGGAAGACUGGACCGGACGAAUAAGGACUGAGCCAGACAACCAGUGACUCAGUGAGCGUUGACCACCAAGUGCCUGCCGCUAGGCCGCCACUGCCCCACUGUAACCCGCCUCCCUUCCGGUCAGUCCAUUGAUUUUCAAUUUUUCUGAUUCAUUUAGUUGCUAAUUUUUGGGAAUUUUCGAAUUAUUGAAUUGUUUGUUAAAUUGUUGAAUUGUUGAAUUAUUGUAAUUUGUUUAUUUUCUGUUUUUCUGAUUUCAUGUUUGUUGAAUUGUUGCAUUGUUGUUAUUUGUUGAUUUUUUGCAGUUAAACUAAACCAUUAAUUGAAUUGAUAACAAAUGUGUAAAUGUAUUUAGCAAUUAAAAUUUAAGGAAGUGGUAUAAAUAUAUUAUUAGGUAACUUCAGGUUGAUAAAUUAUAAUUAUAUUACUAUACUAGUAUAGACGUAUAGUCUUUCAUGUUUACACCCUAAUUGUAAACUGAAUAUUAAUUUAAAAUUUAUAAACAUGUAUAGGAUUAGGGGAGAAUUUCAAUAACUGGUAAUAAUUAUGUUUCCAUAUAAAUACCAAUCCGGUCAUGAGAAGCGUCAAAGGAAAAGAAGACUUGACGAGUUAACACAGUCUCAAAAAGGAGCUCUUGAUAAGUUCUUUGUUAAAGAAGUUAGAGAUGUUCAAGAGGGUGAACAACAAGAUGUGAAUGUUGAAAAUAAUGUUGAAAUACAUGAUCAGUGUGUUAACGACAUGGCUGAAAAUCGAGAUAAAGAGGGCCGGCCACAGAAUCGAUCUUUUAGAUGAUAGGCCAAAUAAUUCUGUUUUAUUUGACAUACAUGAUCCAAGAAAUUGCGAUGCUCUAGAUUCAAAGUUGAUAGACAUUUUGGUAGAGAAUGGUCCAAAAAGAGAUUUAAAUUUUGUGGAAGGGCCUAAAAAUAAAUUCUCUAGAAGAUUCUUAGCGGCAUUUUACACUAGAAGUUUGCCUAAUUGAGAGAAAUGUGAUAGAGACUAGCUUGUUAAUUCAAAGGAGCUUGAUAGGGUAUUUUACUUCUGUUGUAAGAUUUUUAGAAAAGGUGUAGGCAAAUGUUCUUUAGCCAACACGGGUUUUGAUGAUUGGGGACAUCUUAGUGCUAGACUAAGAGAACAUGAAACAGGCCAGGUGUGGAGCAUAUGGGUAACAUGAGGAGCUGGGUAUAAUUGAGGCUUCGAAUAAAAAAAAUGAGACAAUUGAUAAAUUAGCUCAUGAUCAACUUUUGAAAGAAAAGGAGUUUUGGAGACAAUUAUUGUUUAGGGUGAUUGCAACUAUGAAAUAUCUUUCUAAGCAUAAUUUGGCCUUUCUUGGAAUGAAUGAGCGGCUCCAUCAGAAUCAUAAUUGGAUUUUUUUAGGAUUAAUUGAGAUGUUGGGUGAAUUUGAUCCUAUUAUUCAAGAGCUUAUUCGUCGUGUCGACAAUAAGCUAAGGAUACUCAUCACCAUUUUCUUAGUCAUAAGAUUCAGAAUGAAUUGAUAGAGAUGUUUGCUUCAGGAGUGAAAUCUAAGAUCAUUAAAAGAAUCAAAGAAGCAAAAUAUUUUUAUGUGAUACUAGAUUGUACUCCUGAUUCGAGUCACCAAGAACAAAUGACUUUGAUAUUAAGAUGUGUUGAUAUCUCCUCUUAUCCGGUUAAAAUAGAAGAAUUUUUCUUGGAAUUCUUGGUUGUGAAUAACACGACAGGUCUUGGCCUUUUUGAAGUGUUGCAAAGUGUGUUGAAGUCUCUUGAUCUUGACAUUGAUAAUGUUAGAGGGCAAGAAUAUGAUAAUGGAUCAAACAUGAGAGGUAUGCAUCAAGGUGUGCACAAAAGACUCUUGGAUAUAAAUCCUAGAGCAUUCUAUACUCCUUGCGGUAGUCAUAACCUUAAUUUGACUUUGUGUGACAUUGCUAAUUGUUCUCGAAAAGCAAGAGAUUUUUUUGGAGUAGUGCAACGAAUAUACACCCUCUUUGCUAAUUCUACAAAAAGGUGGCAAAUUUAAAAAAAAAAAACAUGUCAAAGAACUCGGUGGGAAAGUCGUGUGGAAAGUGUCAAAGCAAUAAGAUUUCAAAGCACUGACAUUCGGGAAGCAUUGCUAGAAUUGGCCUAGACAGACAAUGAUUCUAAAAUACAAAGUGAAACUAGAUCCUUAGCUACAAAUGAUCUUUGUAAUUUUGAGUUUUGGCUUGCUACAAUUAUUUGGUAUGAAAUAUUAUAUGCUAUUAAUUUGAUGAGCUAAAAUCUACAAGAAAAGGAUAUGCUUCUUGAUGUUGCUAUUGUUGAAGUGAAAGGGUUAAUUUCUUUUUUUUUGAGAAGUAUAGAGAAAGUGGUGUUUCUAGUGCUAUGGAUGUGGCUAAAGAAAUAACGAGUGAAUUGAAAGUUGAACCAAUGUUUCCUCAGAAGCGUGUAAUCCAUAAAAAAACAAUUUGAUGAGAGUGUUGGUGAAUCUUCUAUAUCAUCCACAUCAACACCAGAAGAGUUGUUCAGGGUGGAAUACUUUGUCUACAUAGUUGAUCAGUCUAUUGGCUCAUUGACACGGAGAUUUGAGCAAUACAAAGUAUAUGAAAAUAUGUUUGGGUUCUUGUUCAAUUCUGAGAAGUUACAAUCUCUUACUGAUUCAGACUUGGAGUCAUGUUGCACUCAUUUAUAAACAGUACUGUAGAGGGAUGGGCAAUGCAGCGAUGUUGAUGGAAACGAUUUGUAUAUUGAGCUGAAGUUGCUUAGAGAGAUUUUGCCAAAAGAAAAGAUGGGGGCAAGAAUUUUGAAUUCUUUAAAAGAAAUGAAUUGUUUUCCAAAUGCUUUUAUUGCGUACAUGGUUUUGCUAACCAUUCCAAUUACCGUCGCCUGAGCAGAACGAAGUUUUUCCAAGUUGAAGUUGUUGAAGUCCUACUUGCGAUCAACUAUGUCACAAGAGAGAUUCAAUGGAUUGACAGAUAUCCAUAGAAUUUGAAACACUCGAAGAGAUUGACAUUUCAAGUUUGGUAGAUAACUUUGCAUCUAAAUUUGCUCGAAGAAUGUCUCUUUUUAAAUAAAAUGUAAGUUAUUAAUGACUUUUUUUUAUUUUUAUCAUUACGUUUAUUAGUAACUUGUAUUUUAAGACAAUUUGCUUGUGUUAGAACUUAAAAAAAGCCCA